AGGUACUUCCGCUUUCUUUCUGCUGCAGGCACUGUGGCUGCUGGGCCAGAGGGGCGCGGUGGAUACUGACCUUUGCCCCGGUCUCGUGUAGCGUGGGGACACGGCGCAUCUCCCCGCAGCCUGCUUCCUUUCACAGAACGCGGUUCCGCCCUCAGAGCCUCCGGUGAGAUGUGGCUGCUGCUGCUGCUGCCCCUCUGCUGGGCCGUGGAGGUCAAGAGGCCCCGGGGCGUCUCUCUCACCAACCACCACUUCUACGACGAGUCCAAGCCUUUCACUUGCCUGGAUGGCUCGGCCACCAUCCCUUUUGAUCAGGUCAACGACGACUACUGUGACUGCAAGGAUGGCUCAGAUGAACCAGGCACGGCUGCAUGUCCUAAUGGCAGCUUCCACUGCACCAACGCUGGCUACAAGCCCCUGUACAUCCCCUCCAGCAGGGUCAAUGAUGGGAUUUGUGACUGCUGCGAUGGGACAGACGAGUACAACAGUGGCAUCGUCUGUGAGAGUACCUGCAAAGAGAAGGGCCGUAAGGAGAGAGAGUCUUUGCAGCAGAUGGCAGAGGUCACCCGCGAGGGCUUCCGCCUGAAGAAGAUCCUCAUUGAGGAGUGGAAGAAGGCCCGGGAGGAGAAGCAGAACAAGCUCACUGAGCUACAGGCUGGAAAGAAAUCUCUGGAAGAUGAGGUGGAGAUGCUGCGGACAGUGAAGGAGGAAGCUGAGAAGCCAGAGAAAGAAGCUAAGGAACUGCACCAGAAGAUGUGGGAAGAGCAGCAGGCUGCCUCCAAGGCCCAGAAGGAGCAGGAGCUGGCGGCCGAUGCCUUUCAGGAGCUGGAUGACGACAUGGACGGGAUGGUCUCAGUGGCCGAGCUGCAAACCCACCCGGAGCUGGACACAGACGGGGAUGGGGCGCUGUCAGAAGGGGAAGCCCAGGCCUUCCUCGGUGGGGACACACAGACGAACGCUGCCUCCUUCUACGACCGCGUCUGGGUUGCCAUCAGAGACAAGUACCGGUCAGAGGCACUGCCCACAGACCUGCCAGAAAGUUCUGCCCCUGACUUGACGGAGCCCAAGGAGGAGCGGCCGCCGGUGCUGUCACCACGCACGGAGGAGGAGGAGGGGGAGGAGGAGGAGGAGACCGAGGAGGAAGAGGAGGAGGAGGAGGAAGAUGAUGCUGAGGAGGCCCCGCCCCCACUUGUGCCCCCCCAGCCGGCCAGCCCCGUGGAGGACGACAAGAUGCCCCCAUAUGACGAGCAGACGAAGGCUCUCAUCGAUGCUGCCCAGGAGGCUCGCGACAAGUUCGAGGAGGCCGAGCGGUCCUUGAAGGACAUGGAGGAGUCCAUCAGGAACCUGGAGCAGGAGAUUUCGUUUGACUUUGGCCCCAGCGGGGAGUUUGCCUACCUGUACAGCCAGUGCUACGAGCUCGCCACCAAUGAGUAUGUUUACCAGCUCUGCCCCUUCAAGCUUGUCUCGCAGAAACCCAAACUUGGCGGCUCCCCGACCAACCUCGGCACCUGGGGCUCGUGGGCCGGCCCCGACCAUGACAAGUUCAGCGCCAUGAGGUACGAGCAGGGCACCGGCUGCUGGCAGGGCCCCAACCGCUCCACCACAGUGCGCCUUGUAUGUGGGAAGGACACUGUGGUGACCAGCACCACUGAGCCCAGUCGCUGCGAGUACCUCAUGGAGCUGAUGACACCAGCCGCCUGCCCAGAGCCACCACCUGAACUGCCUGCUGAAAGCGACCACGAUGAACUCUAGCCUGGCCCGGCGCAGAGAACCUCAAGGCAUGAAACCAGUCCCCAGCAGUGCCGCCCAUCUGCCCCUCAGUCUGUGGACCCAAGGCCUGCCCCUCUGGGUAUCCUCGUCCCCGCCUCCUUGGGGACAGGAGUUGGGCAGGGCUCCGUGUCCCACUCUCAGGGCCCUGGUGGGGCUAAGCCACGUUCCCAGGCCACGGCGUUUCUCCAAAGAUGGGUCAGAGGAGCUCCCCCUCCCUGGGCCCCCACCCUGGAGGUUCACUCUCCCUGCCCUGCCCGUCCCCCUUCCUGGUGGUGACAAAUGAGUGACUUGACCUGUGACCUCGAAACAAUAAAUGUGAUCCUUCCAAA